ACACCUGUGGUGGGUAUGUGGAGGCACUGCCUCAUACACAGCUAACAGGAAGCUCUCCCAACACUUUCUGGAAGUGAAGAAACUCAAGCAAAUGCUUUGUCUCUCCCAUUCCUGCCUGCUGACUGCACCAGGGUGGCCAUGACACGACCCAGCUUCCAGGAGUGAGGGGCAGAGGUGGUGAGAAACCUGUGCCAGGGAGAUCCUCAGACCUCGCUGGAGGACCUGGAAGAGCCACAGCCCCUUUUCAAGCAGAGGCUUCUCCAUCCACACCCCUGCCCCUGUAUUGCAGGGUGAGGCCCCACGACGGCACCAAUGGAGAGUGUGUACUCGGUGGAACCAGUGCCUGAUGGUGCUGGCCCCACCUCGCUGGAUGUGCUCAGCUUCCUGGAUGCCCUGGUGAACAGCACAGAGGAGCAAUGCUUCAGCGCCCGCUCCCACAGCACAGUCCUGGAAGGGCUGCCGUUCGGUGGCGUGCCCACCGUGCUCGCCAUCAACUUCAUCCUCUGGCUGCUUCUCCUCCUGGUCUUCUCCUGCCUUCGGAAAGCGGCUUGGGACUAUGGGCGCCUGGCACUGCUAAUGGACAACGAUAGUUUGACAUCGCUUUUCUACGGAGAGCAGAGUGAGAAGGAGAAGUCGCCAUCAGAGAGCAGCCCUCUGGACGCUGAUAACAAGGACGUGGGAUUCUGCUCCUGGCUCAUUUCUAUCUACCAGAUGAAGGAUGAGGAGAUUCAAAGCAAGUGUGGGAUCGACGCCACCACCUACCUCUCCUUCCAGCGGCACCUCCUGGUCCUGCUGAUGCUGGUCUGCGUGCUCUCUGUAGCUGUCAUCUUGCCUGUCAACUUCUCAGGGGACCUCCUGGGACACAAUCCCACCCACUUUGGCCGGACAACCAUCGCCAACAUCCCGACGCAGGACCGUCUCCUGUGGCUGCACAGCAUCUUUGCCCUCAUCUAUUUCAUCCUCACCAUCCUCUGCAUGGCUCACCACUCGGUCCACCUUGAAUACAGAGAGAAUGAGAAGGUUGCCCGGACACUGAUGGUUACUCACAUCCCCAAGGAGAUCACAGACCCUUCCCUUAUCAUCAAGCAUUUCCACGAGGCUUAUCCCAGCUGCACCGUCACCAACGUCCAGUUCUGCUUCGACGUGCGCAAGCUGAUGAAGCUGGAUGUGGAGAGGCGUAAGGCAAUGAAGGGGCGGCUUUACUUCACCACCAAGGCGCAGAAAGAGGGCAAGAUCAUGAUCAAAACCCACCCCUGUGCCCGCAUCUUCUGCUGCCGCUUCUGUGGCUUUGAGCAGGUGGAUGCCGAGCAGUACUACGGGGAGCUGGAGGAGAAGCUCACAGAUGAGUUCAAUGCUGAGCGCAACCGCAUCAUGCUCAAGCGGCUUGACAUGGCCUUUGUCACCUUCCAGGAUGAGCGGAUGACGGCUGUGAUUUUGAAGGACUACAGCCACAUCCGCUGCCGCAAGCACCCCCAGCAGUCCUCUGUCACCACCGUGGUCAAGUCACACCACUGGAGUGUUCGCUAUGCCCCUGCACCCAGCGAUAUCAUCUGGGAGAAUUUAUCAGUCCGUGGCACAUCCUGGUGGGUGCGAUUCAUCCUCCUUAAUAUCUGCCUCUUCAUCCUUCUCUUCUUCCUCACCACGCCAGCCAUCAUUGUCAACACUAUGGAUAUGUUCAAUGUCACACAUCCUGUGGAGAGCCUCAAGAACCCCAUCAUCACCCAGUUCUUCCCCACGCUGCUGCUCUGGGCUUUCUCUGUCUUCCUGCCCUUCCUUGUCUACUACUCGGCAUUCUUUGAGUCGCACUGGACGAGGUCAAGUGAAAAUCAGCUCACUAUGCACAAGUGCUUCUUCUUCCUUGUGUUCAUGGUCAUCAUCCUGCCCUCGCUGGGGCUGAGCAGCCUGGACCUUUUUUUCCGCUGGCUCUUCGACACCCACUUUCUGGAUGAGGCUGAUAUCAAGUUCCAGUGCGUUUUUCUCCCAGACAACGGAGCUUUUUUCGUCAACUACGUGGUCACCUCCAGCCUGAUUGGCACAGCCAUGGAGCUGCUGCGCAUCCCGGGCCUUCUUGUCUACACUGCCCGCCUCUGCUUUGCCAAGUCCGAGCCUGAGCGGCUCCACGUCAAGCGGAGCCAAGCCUACCAGUUCCAGUUUGGACUGGAGUAUGCCUGGACCUGCUGCAUCUUCUCUGUCAUCAUGACCUACAGCAUCACCUGCCCCAUCAUCGUUCCCUUCGGGUUGCUCUACAUGCUGCUCAAGCACAUGGUUGACCGAUACAACAUUUACUACGUGUACAUCCCCACCAAGCUGAACCAGCGCCUCCACAUUGCUGCCAUCAGCCAGGUCGUGGUGGCCCCCAUCCUCUGCAUGUUCUGGCUGCUCUUCUUCUCUGUUCUGCGCCUUGGUCCCACCCGCCCAGUCACCCUCUUCACCUUUGUGGUCCUCCUCUCCUGCAUUAUCUUCUCCUUCUUUGGCCUCUGCCUGAAGAAGCUGCAGCCACGGAAACCCUCCAGCUACCAAAUGUCUGACCAGUCUGAGGGCGCCUUCAAUGAUGUGGAGCGGAGCAGCGUUUCCUCCACCCCCAACUCCAACCUUUUUGUGGCCACUGUCCUGCAGGAGCCUGAGUUGAGCCUGACACCAGCGGCCUCCCCGGCACACCAGUCCUAUGGCACCAUGGGGAACCACCUGGAGGCAGCGGAAGAUGGGGAGGACGGUGGGCUGCAGAGCUUUGAGACAGAGCUGGAGACAGUGGAGGGCGAGUAUAGGAGUGGCCCGGUGAUGGAGAGCCAGGCCCGCUACCAGUGAGCAUCCCCACCACUGGAGUGAGGACCAGCCAUGCCGAGAGUGGAGGACAUGCUGGUGGGGCAGGAAGGAGCCUUCCAAGCACUAGUGGAGGCCACCUCGCUGACAGGGUGGGGGGGACAACAGGACUGAUGUGAGGGGGAGACCCCAUUUUAUGGGCUGUAGUGGGAGGCUCUGCUGGUCCAUUCCACUGCCUGGACCAGCUCAGCACCCCCUAUCUCCACCUGCCUCUUCCGGCCCAUUAUGGGGAAGAGGGGGGUGCAGUGGUGUGGGGAGAAGGUCUCUCUGAGAGGCCAUGCUUUCAGGGGCACGAGGGAGGCCCUGGCCCCUCCGUGAGGGGGGAGCAGCCCAGACAGCUCAGAUGAAUGUGCCCACUGCCACGCUGUCCCACGGGUCCUCAGUGGGAGAGACAGCCAGUUGUAACCCUUGCUUCCCACCCCAUCCAGUGUCCCACUGCCUCCCCUGGUGUCAGCCGUGCAGGCUUCUGCCUGUCCCUCUGUCACCCCCAAGGCUUUGCCAGUUAAAGCUGGGACUGCUGAGACAUGUGUGCUUUGGUGAAGGAGGUGAGUUCCCCAGGGCUGCUCCCAGCACCAGCGGCCCUGCCCUGAGGCAGGCAUCAAAACACAAGCCCAGCUUUUCCCCACCCUCCCACCCCACUGCUACUGCUAUGCCUGUGCUCUUUGUGCCCUGGGGAAGGAGCAGAAGGUCAAGGGACGAGUGCGGUUAACGGCUGUGAAAGCAGCUCCUCAUCAUCCCACUCCCUCCAGCAGCAUCCCUCUCGUGCUCAUGCUCUCCCCGGGGCUGGCCAUGGGACCUCACGUGGCUCCAUCCUGUGGCAACAGAAGUGGCGAGGGGAGGGGAGGAGUGACUCACAACUGGCAGGACCCUGGCCUCUGGGUCCUGAUCCAUCACAUCCUGCCCUUGCCCACAAGCCACAGUCAGGGGAUGGUCCCCCAGCAGCCACACCACCUCUCGAGUGUGAAUCCUGCUGUGGUUAGUGUAAAUGUGCCAGCUCCUGCCCAGGCAGCAUCCCUGGGGUUUUCAUCUCAUCUGCAGCAGCCGUGGAGGCCCCUGGGGACAAGAGCAAAUUCUUGCCCUGCUCAGCCCCUCUAUCACCAGGCUAGCCCGCCUGGGCAUGCUGACUCCUCGCUUGGCCCCACUUUGGCCUUGGGGCUGUUUUUCCUGCUCCUGAUUUUCUUGCUGGCUUCAGAGCAAUUCUAGCCACUGUGCCAGGACUAUGCAGGGGGGGGAAGGGACAAUGAUGCAGCUCUGCAGCACCAGGACUGCCAGCACAGGGAGUGAUGCUGUGCGAAGGCCGUGGCACUGACUGCUCAGCAUUACUGGUGCCACUGGGAU